GGUACUUAAGUUGGUGGCCAAGCAGAAGUGCAGCGCAGAAGAGCGGUGUUUGCUUCAUUCCGUGCUUUGCUAAGCAGUGCUAUUAUUAUCGCUCCAUUGUAUCGGCGAAAAGCGUGAUCAUUAUUCGUGGUGAACCUGAACGUUGAGCCGAACGAGCCAGCUCGUCAUCAGACGAUGGAUACUUUAAACCACGAUGAAGAAUCCUUCAUUAUACUCGGUACCUCGCCAACCCCAUCGAUGGACCCCGUCCCCGUGUCCCUAGUCUCAGCAUCGUGCGGUUCUGGACCUGUUUCGGUUGCAGCUCAGGAGAAGGGAAAGGCGCCCAGGGAAGGGUUGUCAAAGCUUGAAAUUUCCACUCAGCUUGAUUCAACCACAUUCAGCUUAGUUCCGAACGGUGCACCCCCAUCGAGUAUGUUUCUCGAACAAUCGCAGCCCCUGACAUCAGAUAGUGAAUCAUUAAAACUGCCGCUUGCGUCAACCACCAUGAAUGAGUCAUCACUUCCGACCCACCAACAGCCAAAGUUGCGAUCGAUCAAAAAUAAGGAAAACCAUGCACCGGCCGAAGGUUCGUUGGUGUUUGAACUGGGUGAACAGCAGCAAACCGCCUCGUUCGUACUCGGGGAAACGCGCUCAUUGUUGCUGCAGUUUCCCAGCCUGGCUCAAGCGUCCAUGACGCAGGAUGAAUUACGACUACUACAAAAACUGUCCACCGAGCACAGCCAGUUGAAGGAAAGUCUGCAGCGAGCUAAUAUUGCGAUGCGGAAGAAUUUUGUCUCUAUCCAGCAACUGCAAGAAGAAACGAAAAUACGACGAGGCGAGCAAGACAACCUUGUUGAGCAGCAGCAACAUAAAAUCGAUCAACUCGGUGCAGAAGUUGAAAGAUUGACUACCGAGCUCGGUACUGGUAAAGCGCUCAUGGACGAACACGAAGUAAUGAUGGAAAACGAACGUCGAGAGUGGCGAGCCGAGUUGGAUGAAAUAGGCCGCGUUCGUAAGGUGGAGCAAAGCGAAGCACAGCAGGAAGUGGAUGAGUUGAGAAAGCUUGCGUCCGAACGUCAGGCUAUCAUCCAAAAUUUGGCGAAAAAAAUCGAAGACUUGGAGCUACAAAUCAAAGGGUUCGUCGUGGUGACCAACAAUAGUCCGGAGCGACGAGAUGUUGAUGGCAACUUUAUCGCGAUAGAAACUCAUCGGGAGCAUAUUAAAAAGUGGGAGCGCGCAAUGUCUGUCGAAGUGGCAAAAAAUCUUGAAUUUGAAGAUAUGCGUAAAUUAUAUGUCGAUGAAAUUAACUGUCUCAAGGCAAACGUGCAAGCGGCAGAGAAGGUGUACGAAGCAUCUCGUGUUGAAGCACAGCAAUUCUUCGAUGACCUGAAACAGCGUGACUUUACGAUCCAGGAGCUGCGUGCGGAUAUUCGAACGGCCACCGAGCAGAUAGGCGUCCUGAAGGCACAGUCUGACAUUUUUCUGAAAGAUUUCGAAGCUGAACGUGUGGCCCGCCAAGAGCUGGCCAGUGAGAAAAGUCGCAUUCUGGGGGAAUUUGAAGUGCUUCAACGUCGAAACAGGGAACUGUUGGAGCAGAUUGCACAAUCGUACGUCUUUGUACAGUAUGAUAUGGAGAGGGAACGUGACGAUUUUAAACGGUUAUAUUAUUAUAGGCAAAACGAACAACAGCACUCCGCCCAAAGAGCGGCCAAGAUGGUACAGGAAGCUACGGCGAAGAACGCCCCUGCUGCGGAAGAAGAGGAGGAAAAGCGCACGUUUCUGCGAUGUCCACUGUGUCUAAAGGGCUUCAAGGACUUCGGCACGUUGCAAAAUCACGCUUCGGACUGUAUGGGAAGCGAAUAGGUGACGGUUUUGCUGUAGAGAGAGAAUGUUUGUUGAUUUAUUUCUUUAUUAGCGCAAACGUAUUCGCUGAGAAUGAAAAAUAUUAACUUCGCACGAUUUCGAUUAUACCCCGCUUCUCUAUAGUCGGAUCUAGAAGUUUGUGUACAAAAUCCAAGGAACUGACGGUGUGUGUGCUGAUGCGUCAGGUGACUAAUGGUACUAAUGAAAACGUUUAUGCAUGCGGCGUGAAGAAUAUAUCGGAACGAAACAAAUAUAUCGGAGCGAAACAAUUUUAGCUGCAAUCGUAAACGUAAUCUACGAUCUUUUGUCAAUCUUUGGUAUACUCACUUGCUAUGUUUUGUAUCGGUUAGCUUUUUAAAAAAGGCUAAAACAUUGAAACGUAAGCAAAGCGCUGCUACACAUCAAACAUCAUCAUUUUAACUGAACAUCUUUCUAUGGGGAAAUGUCCAUCAAAUCGCCGUCAAGCUCCAUGGAUCGGCUGCGGCAAUAGUGGCGAAGGGGUUUUCUCUCACACUCAGCCGAGAUUUGGGGCAAUUCGCUGUCGAUCUGAAAAUGGCAAGAAAAUGUGAAAUACGUCAUCAUGGUCAAGGAGGAAAGGUCAAGCAUUGAUAAGCAACUGGAAAAAAAUUUCCACUAACGCAACAAAGGAAAUUUUUGAGCGGCUUGGUACCCAUCGGAUCAGUAUACAAUUUCUUGAACAGCAACCUGAUUGUGUGUAUGAACAGAUGUUUAUUGUUGCGCUUGCACAAAAGCACGACCUCGCGAAGUGCAUAAACAAAGCAUCAAUCGUACAGCCCGGUUGAAGCAAUAGAGAUGAGUUUCGGGUUAUUCAGAGGAUUCUCUCGAAAAUUAAUUGCCAUUUUCGAUGUCCUGUAGUGUUUUCGUUGUCUGAAGAGCACGUUUGCGUAAACGAGCACAUUUGGCGCACUUCUUGUCCUUCCACAGGUAGCAAUCCCUGUGACUAACCGUAUUGCAGCUCGCGCAGGUCACCGCGCAAACAUCGAAGGGAAAUAGCAAAGCAUCGUUGUUGCACAGUUCACAUAUGUACGCUUUUC